AUGCAAUCAAAAGGUGAUACGAAGUGCAGUCCCGGAAAGCAAUGCUCUAAGCAGCGGAGGAGUUCCCUCUUGAAGAUGCUUCACACCCAUCAUUGGGGGCUUCCCCACGUCUUCCAAAUGAUUCAACUCUUGGAAGACUUGAAGAUGCAUCUCGUUCCCGAGUUCUUGAUGAGCCACGAAUUAGACGAGCUUGAUAACCCGAGUUCCUUCCUCGCCCUGCUGACAACUCUUUUUACUGGAUCUUCAACUCUCCCUGGGACAAUGAAAAGAAUUCACCUGCGAGAAUGUCUUUCUCAACCCCAUAGUUGCUUCAUAGGCACAAAGGAGCUUUCAACGAACGAGGACUGGAAGUUAAAGAAGCCAGAGACUUUGAGCGAAGACUUUGUCGGCGGUGACCUUGCAAAGAUUUCGAAAUCACCUUAUCGGUGUUCCGUGAUACCUGGCUACGGUCUCCUGGUCGGAAAAGUGACCGUGAACGAGAAGCUAGGAAUGCUUCAGCUCGAAAACAACUUCGGACGCAUCUUCAUCGCCUUGGUCGUUGAUGAUUAUUGGCCGUAUGCUCUGUCGUACGGAUUUCCCUUCAUCUGUGGCUGGCUUUGCUGGCUGUGCCAUUACAAGGUCGUGAAGGAAGAAUUUGAGGACUGCCCCACCCGGGUGUACCUCCUGUGCAGUCCGCAGAGCCUCAGGUUAUGGGCUCCUCACACCAGUCCGUCUGUCGAGUUGUCGCCGGAGAUCCGACUCCACCAGUGGGUUCUCGUGAGAGGAAAGUCUCUUCCUUUCUCUUAUCCUCGGUCUGAUCCCAUUCCGAAGCGAAGUUCUGUCUUCUUGAUGGAUUGCAUCCUGAUCGGACGAUCUUCGCGCAUCCGGAUCCGGACGGAUGGGGACGAUGGCGAGCACGAUCACGACGGGUAUGCAUACGAGAAACCCAGGCUUUUGGCAUUUUGGGGGAAAGCCGCUCGAUACUAUCCUUUCAUGCAAGUGGGAUGCCGAUACAAGCUCUCGGUACCGUUCUGCAACGGCACCUCGGUGUUCCAUAGAGAGGUUGCUGAAUGCUGGAAUGCAGAGAAUGAAUGCCCCGAACGAGUGAAUGUGGAGGGGAUCAUCCGCAAUGUUCUUCACUACUCUGAGAAGCCACUCUCCAAGAAGAAUCGCACGAGAGAGCACAAAAUUCGGCUUCAUCUUUGUGAUCUGGAGAACAACUCUCAGUUCAUCUGUGUCUACCUCACUGCAAACAAAUUCUAUUAUGCCGGUCUCGUAGAGAAUUUGCAGGUGUUAUUCAUCAACAUCCCAGUGAAGUUGUCAGAACAGGGUCGCUAUCUCCAAGCUGAUGAGCGAUUCAGCUACCAAGUCACUGGAUUCCCGUCGUGUGAAAUGGACGUGUGA